AAAAGUUAGAUAAAAUCCACAAGAGAGUGGCCAAUUAUAAUGGCAAAAGAAAUAGCAAUGGGUAGAGCUUUGAAGAUGAUUUUCUUUCUAACAUUUGUGUUAUGGUUAUGGCUUUGGAUUAUGUUACCCACAAAGCUUUAUAAGAAUUAUUGGUCUCCCAAACUCAAUAUGAAUCUCAACUCCACUUAUUUUAGAGAACAAGGCACAAAUCUUCUUCUUUUCUCAUUUCCCAUCAUGUUAAUGGCAGUUUUGGGUUGUUUCUAUCUUCAUUUUCAGAAGGAAUCUUCAGAUUUAGAUCCUAAACCCUUUUCUACUCAGAGGGUCAGAGGAGAAUCAUUUCUAAAACGACCAGUUGUAGUAAUGAAUCCAUUGGGGAUUGUUAAUACAUUGGAGAUUGUGUUUGGAGUUUCAUUUCUUUUACUUUUGAUUUGGUCUCUUGGAAAUUACUUAUACGUCAGUUUUGGUCAUCUUCAUAGGGAUAAUGUUGGAGAGACAAUAGGGGAAUUAAAGUUUAGAAGUGUAUCAUUGAGAGUAGGAUACAUUGGAAACAUAUGUUGGGCAUUUUUGUUCUUUCCAGUAACAAGAGGCUCUUCAUUACUACCUCUAAUUGGACUCACUUCAGAAUCAUCCAUCAAAUAUCACAUUUGGCUUGGCCAUCUUUCUAAUCUUCUCUUUGCAUUACACACCAUUGGCUUCAUCAUCUACUGGGCCCUCACUGAUCAAAUGGCUCUGUUGAAACAAUGGAGUGAGGACUAUGUAUCAAAUGUUGCAGGAGUGAUUGCUAUGACAUUUGCUACGAUUAUCUGGGUGACGAGCUUUCAGUCGAUCCGUCGAAAAAUGUUUGAGGUUUUUUAUUACACUCACCAUUUUUACAUUCUCUACAUCAUCUUCUAUCUAAUCCAUGUGGGAGUAGCUUAUGUAUGUUUGAUUCUUCCUGGUAUCUUUCUCUGGUUUAUCGAUCGAUACUUACGGUUCUUACAAUCGCAACGCCGUGUAAGCUUGGUUUCAGCUCGCCAUCUUCCUUGUGGUGUUGUUGAACUAAACUUUUUGAAAAGUCCAGAACUAAGCUACAAUCCUACAAGUGUGAUGUUCAUAAAUGUGCCAAGCAUUUCCAAAUUGCAAUGGCAUCCCUUUACAGUCACUUCUAAUUGUAAAUUGGAGCCUGAUAUAGUGAGUGUUGUUAUCAAAUCGGGGGGAAGUUGGACUUCAAAACUUCACAAACAUCUUUCUUCUUCUUUGGAUCACCUUCAAGUUUCUGUUGAAGGUCCUUAUGGGCCUGCUUCUACUCACUUUUUAAGGCAUGAAUAUCUGCUGCUGAUAAGCGGAGGAAGUGGAAUUACUCCUUUCAUUUCAAUAAUCAGAGAGAUAAUGAUUGUUCGAAGCACAAAAGUGAACUUCCAUGUUCCACAAAUUCGGCUCAUCUGCGCCUUCAAGAAUUCUAUUGAUCUCACUAUGUUGGAUCUUUUGCUUCCAGUAUCUAGUACACAAACAGAAUUAAUAUCAAAUGUACCGUUACAGAUAGAAGCUUAUAUCACUAGAGAGAAAGAACAACCUCAAACAAAUUCUGAAAAUCUUAUAAACACGAUAUGGUUUAAGCCAAAUCCACUGGACUCGCCAAUCUCGGAGGCUCUUGGACGAAACAGCUGGCUACUCCUUGGUGCAAUUAUCUCAUCUUCUUUUGUGAUGUUCUUGAUUCUUUUAGGCAUCACCACUCGCUACUACAUUUACCCAAUUGAACAAAAUGGUGAUGUUGUUUAUAAUUACACCUACAAAGUUCUUUGGGACAUGUUCUUGGCAUUUGCUUGUAUUUGCAUUUCUUCUAGCUUUGUCUUUCUGUGGCAAAGGAAAACAAAUGCUUCAAAUGACAAACAAAUUCAAAUUCACAAUUUUCAAUCACCAAAAGCAUCACCUGGGUCAUGGAUCUUUGGAGGUGAUAGUGAGCUAGAAAGCCUUCCCUACCAAUCCCUUGUUCAAGCAACCAACAUCCAUUAUGGAGGCAGACCUGAUCUCAACAAAAUUUUGUUCGACUGCAAAGGAUCGGAUAUUGGAGUUUUAGUCAGUGGCCCAACAGGGAUGCGACAUGACGUAGCAAAAAUUUGUUCUUCUGCUUAUGGAGAUAAUCUAAAGUUUCACUCUAUGAGUUUCACCUGGUAAAGACUUGAAUUACAAUGCAUGUAUUUAAAUUUGAAGUUGUGUCAUUACUGUAAACGGCCAUGCUGGGAUUAUGAAGUUAAAAUUUCAUGUUCUUGUAUUAUCUGUA